AUGAUCUCCCUCCUCCGCCCUUCGCACUUUCUCCUCUCCCGGCGCGACCUCGACCCCGCCCUGUGCCGCGCCACGCUCUCGCGGCUGCCCCCGCGGCGCCUCGAGGCGCUCCUCCUCGAGCUCCGCCCCGCGCUCCGCCCCAAGCCCGCGCUCCGCCUCUUCUCCUUCGCCGCCGAUCGCCUCGGCUUCCGCUUCACCCCGCGCUCCUACGCCCUCCUCCUCGACUCCCUCCUCCGAUCCGAUCCCCGCGCCCCGGCCGCCCCCGCGCGCCUCCUCCUCGCCCGCCUCCUCGACCCCGUCAAUGGUGCCCCCCUCCUCCUCCUCGACGGGAACGACGACCCCUCGCGGCGUUUCACCGAGCUGGUUCGGGCCAUCGCCGAUACCGUCCCCCCCCAGGACGCACCCUUCGCGGCUUCGAUCGACGCCUUGGUCCACGUUUGUUGCACGCAGUUUAGGUCGUACGGCCAAGGGCUCGCUGUGGAGGCCCUCUCUAUAUUAGCCGAUCGCGGGCUUUGCCCUAGUCUCAAAGUGUGUAACAUUCUAUUGUCCUCGCUCGCGAGGAGCAACGAUCUUGCAAAUGCCCGCCAAGUGUUCGAUGGAAUGCAGAGGUUUGUAGCUCCCGAUGUUUACUCCUACACUCCUCUGAUUGUUGUAAAUUGCAAAAAUAGCGAAAUUGAUGAGGCAAAGAGGUUGUUUUCGGAGAUGGAGAGGUUGGGAGUUCUCCCCUCUGUCGUCGCCUACAAUGCACUCAUUGAUGGGCUCUGCAAGAAAGGUUUUUUGGAUGAGGCAUUUCAGUUCAAAGAGAAGAUGAUUAAGAGCUCGGUGGAGCCGAGUGUUGUUACGUUCGGCAUCCUGAUCAAUGGGUUGGUUAAAUUGAAUCAAAUUAGUGAUGUAGGUUCCGUUCUGAAGGAGAUGGUGGGUAUGGGUAUGGAGCCGAAUGAGGUUAUCUACAACACUCUCAUUGAUUGGCAUUGUAAGAUGUAUCAGUGCGCAGAGGCUCUUAAGUUGCUAGAUGAGAUGGUUUCUAAAGGUAUGGAGCCGAACUCAGUCACGUACAACUCGCUCGCGAAAGGGUUGUGUAAGGCAGGAGAGAUGGAGCAAGCAGAAUAUUAUUUUGAUGAAAUGUUGUCGAACAGGAUGGAGAUACAUGUUGGUCUUUUUAACACUAUAAUUUUCUGGCUUGUUACAAAGGCUUCUAGAUUGGAUUCUGCUGCAAGACUCUUUAGGGAGAUGCUGCUGAGGAAUUUAAGACCAAAUGAUUCUCUUAUGACAACGUUUAUUAAAGAGCUCUGCAAGAAAGGGAAGAUUCGAGAGGCGGCAGAGUUAUGGUUUAAGUUGAUGGAGAAAGGUUUUGGCGUGAGCAUAGUAGGUUCGAAUGCUUUGAUUCAUGGGCUUUGUGAUUCAGGAAAUAUCAAAGAGGCAAUCGGCCUUCUCAAUGCUAUGCUUGGGAAGGGAUUGGUAUUGGAUAGAGUAACAUACAAUACAUUGAUAGAAGGAUGCUGCAAAGAUGGAAAAAUGGAUGAAGGACUAAAGCUUCGAGAUGACAUGGUGAAAAGAGGAAUUAAGCCAGAUAUUUUCACCUACAAUACAUUAGUACAUGGCUUUUCCAAAUUGAGUAGAAUGGAAGAGGCCAUUCAGCUUUUAGAUGAGAUUAGGAAUGAGGGUUUGGUUCCAGACCUCUUCACAUUUAGUUCAAUAAUAGAUGGGUUUUGCAAAAUAAAGGAUGUUCGUAAAGCAAAGUUCUACUUCAACCAGUUGAUAGAUUGGGAUUUACAGCCAAAUGUCAUUAUUUUCAAUUCGCUCAUUGGUGGUUACUGCAGGGACGAUCAAAUUUCUGAAGCCAGAAAUCUUUUAGAUGAUAUGAAGAGGAGAGGUAUUCUUCCUACUACGGUGACCUACUGUACCCUUAUGCAUGGUUUGUGCAAUGCUGGUCGUGUAGAAGAGGCUAAGACUAUUCUUGGACAGAUGAUGAAAAAUGGUUUGAAACUCGAUGUAAUAAGCUAUACAACUGUAAUCAGUGGGUAUUGUAAAAUAGGUCAAAUGAAUGAAGCAACGAAACUUUUUGAUGAAAUGUGUGCUAGUGGUAUUGCUCCGAAUAAGCUUACAUACACUGCCCUGAUGCAGGGAUACUGCAAAAUGAGCAAUAAUGAAGAAGCAUCUAAACUUCUAAAUGAAAUGGUGGACAGAGGAAUUGUUCCAGAUGCUGUCACUUACAACACAUUAAUGUCAGGGCUUUGUAAAGAUGGCAGAAUGGAGGAGACCUUUAGUAUAGCCGAUCAGAUGUCUCAAAGAGGUUUGAAGUUGGAUGAAGUUUCUCAUACAAUAUUAGUUCACGGAGUAACUAGAGAUUGGCGUCAAAAGGAAGUUGCUUCUUCUACUGAAGGAGGAAUUGUUAAGCAUGGAUUUGGCUCAUAGAAACUCAACCUGGAUUUAGAAAGAUAAUCUUUUAAACCUGUAGAAGCAAGAUUCAAAAGGAGUUAGGAGCAUCUCCUUCAAUUUCUCGCUUUACAAAACAUCUCCAAAUCAAUGCGAUUGCUACAUUGAUGCAUAGUCAUGCCUAACUGAGCCACAAUGAUUACUUCAUUUUUGGUGGACCUAUUUUGGAAUGAGUUGCUCUCCGGGUCCACUCUGGUGGCAUGCUCAUAGGCAGGCAACUACGCAAUCGUGAAAGGCAACAGUAGUGCAGACAAACAGGAUUACAUGCUAAUCGUGCUGGAGACCUUUCUAACAAGCUUACGGAGAAGUUCACAAGGUUUCACCAAAGCAAGCCUGGCGUACUUUGAAUUAACGGGAGAAUGAAUUUUCCUAUUUAAAGAUCUAGGGUUGUUUCUCAUCGUGAAGUAUAUUCAGGGACUAUCUCUUAUUGAGUUUAAGGAUUGUGGAGUCACCGUACAGACGUAAAGCAAUUUGGUGAUGGUUUAUGAUACUAGCGGUUAUACAUUCAGCGUGGUCUUCAUUCUUUUCUGCAAGAAGAAUUCUACUGGAGCGCGACUCGAAAAUGAGAAGGCUGCAAAGUGAAAAAAUUUUAUGAGUAGUUGUUAACUCUACAUAAACUCGCAAAAAAUGUAAUGCAAAAUUUUGGCGGCAACAUACAAAGUCCGGCAAAUUGACGGGCUUGUGAUGAAAAGGUUCACGGCAAAUUGGCAGGAACCACUUGGACUGAACCAUGCACCGUUUAGAAGAUAGCCGUACCUGAAGCAGCGGGUGGGCCUGCGAUCGGUAAUUGUUAAUCAUUAUAUCUGAGGCGCCGCCGUUACACGGCGCAUUUUUGAUAAAUGAGUCGAACUCGGUUGUUUAAUACUGUGUGCAAGUAGACAUAGAAGAUUUGUACACUUAAGAGGGAAGUGGAUGUGUUUAGUGCAUGACAAUCCUUCUUUUUAAAUUGCGUUAUGUACAUGUAGACUCUUAUUUGUUGGAUUCAGUAGAGCAUACGGAGAGCCAAUGAAGAAGAGCUCCCCUAGUGUAUAUGAUUCUAACGUUUCUCGUUUC